GCUCCCUCUCCCGCCACAUCUCCCCUGCGACGAACCAGCACCCCUUUUUUCUCCCGACACCUGUCCUUUGUCCCCCACCCCUUAUUUUCGACGCAUCUCAUUCUCUCUCCAUCUCUCUCUCCCUACGCAGAUUUCUUCCCUCUCUAUCUGCUCGAUCGACAGAUUAAACUCUUCGGAAUCGAAUUCCACCAAGAAACCCUCGCACACUGUGGUUCUUUCUCUCCGUCUCUCUAUCCCUCUGAUUUUGAUCUCCUGUUUUUUACCGUAUCUAAUUAUCCGCCAAUAUUCGAUACGAGUAGACGCUGUCAUCUCGCUCUCUGUCGAUUGUGUUCGUCCGAGUAAAUUAGGGUUUGGGGGUGGUGGUGAUCGUAUCGUUUGAUUCGAUUUGGUUUGGUUCGCUUCGGUUAGGUUAUUGCUGAUACCAGGUUUGGUUCUCUUUCUCUUUUAUAUUAAUCGUGGUUUGAUCCACCGGUUAUUCUUCUAUUCCAUUCUUUGCAAACCCUAGGUUUCGUUAGAUUAUCGUAGAAAAAAGAAUUACUGAUUCGAUUCUUGUGUAGCUAAUUUGCACUACGGUGCCGUUUUGGUUGAUUCUAACUGGCGUUGAUUUCUUAGCAAGAAACUCCGUGAAAUUUUUGGUGCGUUGUUUUUGUUUGCCAUCCAAAAUCGAGGGUUUUCUUGUUGGAUUCCCAGAGGGUCGCUUUCAAUAGCAGAACCUUCCUUCCUUUUUUCUUAUUUUUUAGCUUUUCUUUCGUUUUUUCUCCCUUCUUUUUUUCCCCGUGAAAAAAUAUAUACAAGAAAUCUUGGGUUUGCCUGUUAUUCUUUGGGAGCGGUAAGGGGUUGUUCUUAUAGAAUGGCUUUGAAUUUUUCUCAUCGUCCUAUCUUUCCGGCCCAUUUGUCUGAGGAUAACUUAGUUUCGCCGAUUAGGAUUGCUAAUGGGUAUUUUGUGGAGGGAAUCCCUGAAAAAAGUGGAGAUGGGUUUGUCAAGCCCUGUUAUUCUAAUAGGGAAGUUGAAGAUUGCUUUGAUUUUGGAAGCAAUAGAGCUGAUAGGGGUGGCUCUCAGGAGGCGGUCUCCAAAGACAUUCUUGAUCUCUUGCCUACGGAUCCCUUUGGGAUGGACAUAAGUAGUACUUUUACGGCAAUCACGGGUUGGCUUGAGGAUUUAGAAGUCGACUAUGGGGGGUAUGGGAACGAUAUAAGGACAAAUGAUGCGGAUUAUGAGUUAUUUGCGGGCUUGAAUUUUAUUUGGAACAAAGCUAUGGAGUUUCAGGCAUUGCCUGGGAACAUGGGAUUUGGCAAUAAAUUUAAUCUCGUUGGUGGAUUUGAUGCAUGUUGUAAGGAGAAGGAACUGGGGAAUGUGUUCCGCUGUGGUGUUUCUGGAUCAGUUCCCAAUGUGGAGGGCAUCUUCAGUUUGCAUGCUGGAAAUGCUGCUAUCCCUGGCCAACAACCAGGGGAAUGUAAGGAGAGUGGAGGAAGUUGUUCGGAUGGAGGUGUUGGAGCUCCUCACACAGCUUUGACCUUUGCCCUUGGUUAUCUAGGCGUGAAGGAUCUUCUUUCUGUUGAAAGGGUUUGCAAAUCUCUGCAUCCUACGGUUCGAAAUGAUCCCUUGUUGUGGAGGAGCAUUCACAUAGAUCAGCCGUUGAGUGAGAAGAUCACUGAUGAUGCUCUUUUGCACUUGACUAGAAGGGCUCAAGGUAACCUGCAACACUUGAGCCUGGUGGAGUGCACGAGGAUCACUGAUGAUGGUUUGAAGCGUGUGCUUGAUGGUAAUCCUAGGUUAACAAAGCUGAGUGUGCCAGGUUGUACCAGACUAAGUAUUGAAGGGGUUGUAAACAGCAUAAAGGCCUUCAAGGUUAUGGGUAUGCCAGGGAUUAAACAGCUGAGGAUAGGUGGGCUUUUUGGUGUGACACACAGGCAUUUUGAAGAGUUGAUGUUGUUAUUGGGCAUGAAUGAUGAGGUGCAGCGGAAUGUUUUCAAACCACAUUUCUAUAACAGGGGAAACAUCUACUUAUCGUGUGAUGAUAAUCGUGCCAUUGAUAUUGAGAUGUGUCCAAGGUGUCAGAACUUGAGGCUAGUCUACGAUUGCCCUGCAGCGGGUUGUCAAGGAAAAGAACAUUCGAUGCAGGUAUGCAGGGCAUGCACACUCUGUAUUUCACGGUGUGCUCUGUGUGGACGGUGCAUUAAUGACAGCGAGUAUGUGGAGACAUUUUGUCUGGAAUUUCUUUGCUCAGAUUGUUGGAAGCAGCCUCUGAACUGCCAAGAGAGGCAGGAUAAGAAAAGUUCGACUGUCCAAGUAAACCACCCUGCACGAGCCAAUUUAUAAUUAGUCACUUCAUAAUAAUAUUUUGUAUAUUUUCUGGUUUCAAGUCAUGGGUGGGAUGAAGGUGAUCAAGGAAUUGAAGGAGAGAAAACAAUCAUAUGAGAAUAUGAUUAAUCUUUGUCUCAGUCUUGGCUUCCAAUUCCCUAGUCGGCUCAGCUUGCUCUGUUAGCUCAAGCCAUUUGAACUUCAAUUAAAUAGUGGGCGCACUGGUUUGCGGAUUGUGAAAUUCAGAAAAAAAAAAAAAGAAAACAAGGAAAUUUCAUGGAAGAACCCCCUCCCAAAAAAAAAAAAAAAAUCUGGGUUAGUAAGGGUUUGCAGUCACUUAUAGUUGUUUUGCAGUUCUGCACAUGGUUUAAAACAGCCAAACUUUGGAGUCAUGCCUCUGUUGGCUGCCUGCCUUAGCACACGAUGAAAUUUAACCAGCAACUGAGUGUUUGAAAAUUUUCCAGCCGUGUGGACGAGUGGGGCGUGUUGAAUUUGAAGCUGAAGAUGAAGAUGAAGUGGAAGUUGGGCUGGGUUCAGAUCUAGUUGGUGCCAUGAAUCCAGCGAAUGCCCACAGGGCAGGGGGGAUGUGGCAGGUGCCAACUCUAUGAAUGUUUGAUGCACACAAAUAUUGGAUGCCAUUCUCUGUUGCAAGCUUGUAAAACCUCAGUAAUGGUGGCAUCUUUGGCUCCCGUUAAUUCUCAUCUCAUCUUAAACCAUCGGCUGGUGGUCUGCUGAGGAUUGUAAAAUUUACAGUUGAUUUUUUUUUUUGCCCUCUUUUAAUUGCGUGACAGUAUCACGAUACGGUGUCUUUAUAGAACAAUUUGGUGUCUGGUUUCUGCAAUUGUGUCCUUUUUAUAGAGAGCAUCAAAAGGCAAAUGUACUUUGUGCCAUUGUUGAGAUUGUUGAGCUAUGAGCAUGGUGGAAUCAGGAAUGGUCACGUUAAUAAUAUUUGGAAUAAUCUCUCUCA